AAUUUUUCUUUCGCUCUCUUUUGGGUCUUCUCUCUCGGCUCUUCAUUGCGUUCGAUUUUUCUCUCUAGCUCAGUUUCUCUCCAUUUCAAUCUCCCUCGAGGGCUGAGAUGUGUUUGGCAACUGGUGUUGGCAUGCUUGAGGGUGCACAUUGGGUAUAGGUGCUGGUGAGGUAGGCAAUCACUGGAGCUGGCAUGCACGUGGGGGCAGCAACUAGUAUUUUCUUUGUUUAGGUUCCUAAAAUGUUAUAUCAAGCUCAAAUUUCAAAAGAAGAACAGACACUUGCUAGUCCAUCAAGUAGCAACAAUGAUGACCACCACCUUGAUGGUGGUGGUAUUCAGGUUACUUGCUUCAGUGAAGCCAUAAACGAUGUCCCCAUCCAUUUUCAGAUAAUACGUCUCCCUAAGCAGAUAUAUGCAUGGAUUGGUUGCAAUUCUGCAAAAUUUGGGAAUUUGUAUGCAGCUGCCCCCACACGGCCUAACAAUAUGGUGAGCGUUACUUCCUUACUUGGAGGUUCAUCUGAUAAUACAGGAUCUAGCAUGGCUCGUCGGUUAGUGCUAAAGACCGGUCUAAAUAUCAUGUUGGCUAGCAAUAUUCCAAAAAAUAGCCCCAUUAUUGAGGUAGCUGCAGAAAAAAUGUUAGUGCAAAAGCUGGUCUCUUUAGGGCUCAUUAGGCCUAAAUCAGAAGGGCCAUCUACAUAAUAAUUGGUACUCCUGUUUAGUCUUCUUUGCAAGAACCGGUCGUGAAAGACGUCUAGUGUUCUAAGUUAUUAAGUUUUCGACCUUGUAAGACUUUCGAGGAGGAGGAGGACGACGCCCCCAAACAUACCGAACCCUUACCAUCAAGGUACUUGAUGGGGCUCUCUUUUACUUCAUCUUUCUUAGAUAUCGAUCAAGAACAUCAUUCAUGUUUCAUGUUUCGUGUUUCGUGUUUUGAUUCGUUUUUAUUGAACUUCCUCGUUUAUUUUAACUUUAUUGUUCUUGGGCUGAAUUUGGAAUUAAAUUUGAAUGAUCAUAGUAUUUUAUCAAGUUUAUG